ACAAUUAAGAGCGAAUCUAAUUUUAAUGUAAACAGUUUUUAAAUUUUCAACUUCUGACAUGAAGUUUGAAAAGAGCAUAAACUGCAUGAGCUUCCGUCUACGGUUUUAUCUUUAGUCAUGUAAUUAUCAACGUUUCUUCUGUUAUUACAUGUGUUAUGUUAAAGAAUCGAAUUUGCUUAGUAUUAGUUUUAGUACUAAUAGGGUUUUGUGGACGAUCACACUCCCAGGUGGGUAGCAGCCAAGUAUCACCAAGAGCGGCAUAUGACCUUUAUAGAGCCAGUCUUCAGCCCAAUCAGCAGCCCCAAGCCAAUGCUAUGCCGAUUAUUGUGAAGGAUGUUAACUAUCGAAAUAUAGAUCGGAAUCAAGAAUCAUCCUGUGUAGAUAAAAAACUUUGUUCAGCUCAAAAAAGCAGCGUGAGCGUUAGCGUUAGCAAUGACGAAACUGGCAAACAAAGCAAUCCCCCACCACCAUCUAGUGCCACAGCUGCGCCUGCUAUGGCCUUACCAACUGCUUCUGCUGCAAUGACCGCAGCAAAUCAAAACUCCCAGAAACUGCGUGAACUUCAAAAGCUGGUGCAACAACUAUACGUCGCCCAAGCGCAAGUGCAACUGGAAGCGACCGAAAUUCAGCGAUCCCAGACAAUUGCUGCAGCUGCUCAACAGGCACUUGAAGAAGCAGGGAACAAUGUGCGGGUAAUCACAGCUGCCCUGCACGCAGCCCAAGAAACAGUGGCGGCCUGCGCCCUACGAGCUCAAACCGCGCAACUCCAGCUUGCUGCACAUGAUCAACUCUUGUUCACAGCGCGACAAAGAGUGGAUGCACUGUCUGCCCAGAUGGUAGGGCUGCAGGCCGAGGAAGGUAUUGGCGAAAACAAAAUUGUAGUAGAUAUCCCUGCGUUGCUGGCCAAGCUGAAAGAACCCCUAGCAGAAAAUCAAAAACCAACCCCCGUUCCAUCGAUUCUCGGAUCAAACUCGGCCAUUUCGUCAUCAUCAUCAUCAACAACCAUUACUUCCCCAGAAAGAUCGGUUGACCCAAACAAGUUCUUCGACCAGCUAAAAUUAUGGAAUGAACGCAACGCCCGCAAACCUGACGCAAUCACCGACAGGAAGCAGCCAGGAAACAGCUUUCAUGAUGGGGCCUAUUUCGAAAGAUAUGGAUUAGAUUCCUUAGAGGAGAAUUCUGAAAACAGUAUGAACGACGAAAUUCAAAAAAUCGACAAUUCUGAAGUAUCAGUGAAAUCGAAGGCGAACGAGUUAACUGAGGACGACUUGCGAACUCUGGUGGAAUUCAUUCGCAGUUCGCAACAGGAAAGCCCUAAGAAAAGAGCGGAAUCUGAAGAGAUAAUUGCCAAAAAUGAAAACGAGAAAUAUUUCGAUGAUUUUCUGAAUGGCAUGAAGAACGUCGAAAUGCCAAAUGCUGCCAGUCUUACCAAGGAAAACUUUGAAAGAUCAUCUCAAUUGGACCCGAGACUCAGUGAUCGAAUAUUACGCCUUCACGAGAGUCUGUUCCAUCCUGUCCACAAAAAACAAAUUACGCUUGAAAAUUCCCAAAAGAUGAAUGAGGUCGAAACCUCAGAUUCCGGUGGGGAAACCAAUUACCUAAUACCGGAUGAAUCCCAUGCAAACGAAGAUACUUUUUACCCAUAAACUAUAUUUUAUUAUAUUUGACAAGAAGGAUAUUUUUGAAGGCAUGUAUUUCUACUUUUAUGAUUAUUGAUAAGCCUAUUUAUUCUGACAUAAUUAUUUUUAUUGGAUUUUAUGAGAAUCUUAUGGCUUUUAAUUUAA